CCAACAUAUUAAAGUCUUAAAACUAGAAGUUAAAACAAAAAAGAAGAGGGAAAAUCUUCAAAAAAAAAAAAAAAAAAAUCCUUGAAGAAAAAUGGGUGGUUUCUACUACUCAACAAGUUGGCCUGAAUUUAACAACAUGCCAAUCACACCACAAAUCAAGAGGACUCAAGUCAUUGCUUUCCACUCUUCAACAAAAUGGAGGCUCCAUUUUGAUUCUUUGAAAGAUACAAACAAAUUGGUUGUUAUUGACUUUACAGCUACAUGGUGUGGUCCUUGCAAAAUCAUGGAUCCAAUUAUCAAUGACUAUGCUGCCAAAUAUACAGACGUUGAGUUUGUCAAGAUUGAUGUUGAUGAUUUAAUUGAUGUAGCUCAGGAAUACAAGGUUGAAGCGAUGCCAACGUUCGUGCUGAUAAAGAAAGGGAAGGUUGUUGACAAGAUUGUGGGAGCAGAUAAAGAUGGACUACAGAAGAAAGUUGAGAAACACAGAGCUAACUUAUACUAAGCUAACCAAAGGGAAAUAUUAAGGAAUAAAAUUCAUGUCUUUGCGCGAAUUUUCAAGUGGAUGAGAUAGAUCGAUCGAGUGUUUCAGUUAUCAUUUUUUAACUAAUACAACUAGCUGUGUAUUCAUCCCCAGUUCUGAUUGUAAAAUUUCAAAAAGGCUGAUUAAAGCACUAUGUUUUUUGUUA